AUGGCUUCGUCCACUGGCAAAGCGGGACUUAUCCCCCCUAGUGAAGAUGGCGAUGCCCUCGAUCAAGUCGCGCGUGCUGUCCUCGACGACAUCCUUUACAACAUCAUCCAAGACCUCCUAAGCAAAACCCACAUGGAAGAAAAACUUGCCCGGGCGACGACGGCCUCAAUCCGUGUCGAGAAGCUCGCCGCAGACGCCGCGGACGGUAGCGGCGACUCGAAACCCGACGUACGAAUCGAGACCGACGCAGCGAUAUACGAAGACGGUAAAGUGAUGCUCAAAGGGAACCCGCUUAAGACGACCAAGGAUAUCCUAUGCCCGCGUUGCCAUCUCCCACGCCUCUUGUACCCGACCGAUGGUAAAGGUGCGCGGAAGCCAGAUCCUAGCGGCAUUUAUUGCAAGAAGCAUCCUUAUAUCGACAAACCCGGCUACGACAUUUACGGCCAAACUUGGGUUCCCCAGGGCCCAGGUAGAGGAAAGAAGAAGAAGGACAUGGAGAAGAAGCUCGACGAGACGGGAGCACCCGAACAACGGCCUGCAAACGUGCUUUCGUUCCCGUCCGCCACAUGCAGUAAAUGCAAGCGCUGCAUCCUCGUCACAAGGCUCAACAAUCACAUGGGUGCGUGUAUUGGAAAUAGUGGACGGAAUGCUAGCAGGGCCGCUGCUCAAAAAAUCAGCAACGGCAGUAAUGCCAAUAGCCAAGAUGCAACGCCUCCUUCGAGCCAGAAAGGCACUCCAAGGCCCGGCUCGAGAGCGACGAGUCCAAAGAAGCGAGACGCCGAGCACGUGGAAGAUGAAGAGGACUCUGAGACUAACCAUAAGAAGAAGAAGCUGAAGCCGUCAGUGCCAGCCGUCAAGAUUAAGAUAAAACCGCCCAAGCCGUCUACGCUUGGCGGAAAGAAGGCCAGGCCAAGUUCCAACUUGAGCAUUGAGCACAAGCUAGAUGGCCCGCAGAAAAAGGGCUUGGACGCCGUGCCAGCAAAGAAGGCGAACCCUAAGGCACCCUCACCUCUGAAGAAGGGUAACAAGCUUAUGAACAAGGCGCUUCUCUCGUCCCCGGCGAAGAAUGGCAGGGAUGCCGAGGUCGCGUCGGAAUCGUCGGGCACGAUGUCUUCCCCUCCCCGUUAG